UUAUUUUAUGCGCGCUCUAGUGAUAUUUGGUAGGAAGCUCCUCCGACCAGGUUACGAUGCAUUUCGGGGGAUGUGCACUGUAAUUUAACUAAUAAAAUAGUAUAAAUAUUCCUCUUAUAACCUAGUUUGUUGUCAUUUUUAAGUUUAAAAUGGAAUUGUCGGAAAAAGUAAUGGCUAUUAAAAAUAUUACAAAUUUAAAUAUAUUACCCGAAGAUAUUUUCGUGCAAAUGUUAGAAGCUGUAAUUUUGUAUUUAUGUAAAACCCCUGUAGACCCGAAAGAUCAGCACAACGUCAAAAGCAACGGUACCAAAUGUGACAUUGCUAAGAAUGCAUUUGUCGACUUAAGUUGUCUUUUAGUUGAAGCUGCUAGACAUGAUUUCGAUAAAGAAAGUUUAAAAAAGCUUUUAAAUACCUCAUUAAUCGUUGAUCAUAGAGUAGACAAACUAUGCCAUAGCUAUGCUAACAAUAAACAAGAGAUUCAAAUGCAGUUACAAUUGAUUGGAAAUAAUUUAGGCCAUAUAGUAGACACCGACUGGCGUUUAAGUCACUGUAUCAAAUAUGGAUUUCAAAGUUCUAUUAGGUCCUUUCAGUACCAUGUACGUUUCACCACUAAGAAAUAUGCAGAAAUAAAAUAUGUCACAUUUACAUGUACAUUGCAACAAUUGCAGGAGUUACUUGGUAAAAUUAAAGAUGCUAUAAGGCAUUUAGAAAAAAUUCCUACCAAUUAGUUGCAAUUAUUAUAACAAACAUUGUUUCUAACAGACAUUGUUUUCUUUUGAAUUAAUCUAUUUUGUAUUAUAUAAUUUAUAUAUUUGUUGUUAAGAAAAAAAUUAUGUUAAUAAAGUCAAUGAUUUGUAUUAAAUUUAGUACGCUAAUUGCUUGUAUAAAUAUGCAACAGAAAUUUGUAUACACAGAUUCAAUUGACGUUGGAAAAAGAAAAAUGAAUUUUUAAAUAGAUCUUUCUUUUAUCGAGUUACGUUUCUUAUACUCUGCUUCAUACCCUGUAUGAUGAAAUCAAAAAAUGCUAUACUAAUGUUAUAAAUAAGAUAUAUAGAAUAUAUUUUAAACUAUUUAGAGUAGAGGUUCAAGGAUGUGUUAUACAAAUUACUGAAAAGAUAUAUAUAGAGGUGCGUUUAAUUAUAUUUUCAUAUGAAUAAGAAGAAAGUCUCCUAAUCCAUAAAGUUUAACUAAUUAAAAAUACAUUAUUCUCCGUUCUGUAGCCAAAUAUUUGUCUAAAAAUUGAUAUUUUUGUUUGGACAAAAAAAAUACUAUCAUUACAUUCUUACUUGUUAAAUAUAUAAUUAUAUUAAUAAUUAAUAUUUUUCCACUAUCAUAUAAUAUAUAACUUUUUAAUCAUAAUACAAUAUGUACAAAUAAAACAGGGUAUAACCCUGAUCUAAAAAAAAGUGAUCUUUCAUUAUUAAAUUUCAUUUGUAAACUUUGUCACCGUGCACUUUCAUCUCUUUUUGACAUUCCUCCAAUUUAAUUUAAUAUUAUAUUAUAAAUGUGAUCUUUUCAACUAUUUUUGCAAAAAGGAGGAGGGUAGUUAGAGAGUACGAUUUAUAUGUAAUAAAUUUUCUGAAAGCAUGGAAAAGCUUCCUUUUAUAACGAUAUGGAGUUCCCUUUGUGUUAAAAUGUUAUAAAGAUCACAGUAUAUCAUUGCAAUCUAGUUUUUUUUUCUUUUUCUUUUUCUUUUCUUUUUACAACUGUCACAUUUCUCUCCAAUCAUUUUUAUUGUUCCAUAUCCGUUACUCAAUAUGAGAUAUGAUAAGGCCUCAGACAUUUCACUACAUCUGCCAGUCUUCGAAUAUUUUUAAAACCUUCCUCACACACACACACACCAUACGAAUAUUUAUAAAUAUAAUUCUUUGAAAGAUAGAAUUUUUUAGGGAAACAAAACAUCGCGUUGUGUAAUUAAUCUCAUUAGACUCCAAAUAUUAUUAAUUACUAUUGAUAUCAAUUUGUACUUUCAUGAAGUACAUCAAUUAUGUGUUCAUUAUAAUUGUUUUAUUCUUAUGAGAAUAGCAUGUUUAGAAGAAUCGAUUUAAAAAUAUUCGAUGCUGUCAAUUACAUAAAUUUGUCAACCUAUGAUAUAAAAAUGCAUUCUUUAGAUAACAUUAUAUUAGUUUAAUCAAGUAUAUCUAACAUUUCUAUAUUAAUUAUUUAAUAGUCGCGUAUAUGUGAGCUCGUCGCAUCUAAUUAUCUGUGCGCGUACCAUUAUCAUCUAUUUUUCACAAUUAUUCAUUAUCUUUGACUCUUCCCGUAUUUUACUGGUAGUCAUAAUCAUCAUUUGCAUUUUUAAUUAAGUCACUAAUAUCUACAAUGUGUCAAAUAAUGCACAAAUGUAUGGUAUAUAAUGUAGAU